AUGGCUCCAGUGAAUAAGCAAAGCGGAUUGCCUUGGCCAUUCAUCUCUUUCGAAAAACAUGGAGAUACAACACCUACAUCUGCUCUUGCUGCCACAAAGGCGUCCCUAUUCGCUCGACAAGCGACUACCACGGUAACAGUUACCGCGGACAGUAGCAAUGGGAACUCUACGAGUACAUUGAGCGCAGGCGCGAUCGCGGGAAUAAUAAUCGGCUCGGUUGUUGGCAUCCUGUUACUCAUCUGGGUCGUGCGCUCAUGUUUCAACCUCGGUGCACCGCCGCAGGAGCGAGAGGCCCUUUAUCACGACGUUGAGCCCAAGCGCCACCGUCACCAUUCCCGGCAUCACUCGCGCCCCAGAAGAUACUCUCACACUUCGGAAAUGUCGAUUCCUGCACCUGUUGUUGUCGCGGAUACCGGCAGGGGCAGAAGCGGUCAAAGAUAUUACUAUACUGAUGAUCGAAGGGGGCGACGAUAUAAGAGAGCAUACUAG